AUGGGGGGUGAAAAAGAUUUACGUGAUACCUUGGUAGACGAGAGGUUCAUCAUCAUCAGCCAAAGCCUGUUUUCUCCCACUGCUGGGUAUAGGCCUCCUGAAGUUUGUGCCAUCCACCACCACGGCCCUGUGCUAGCCGUAUCCUUGACGCUUGACGCUCCGCGACCGCUAAAAAGUCUACACAGAGAAACUUUCGACCUAGUGUCAUAUGACAUCCUCUGGACAAAACUGAAGGAUGCAGGCAUAUCACCUGAAGUAGUUGGUGUCUUUUCGCAUUGGUAUAGUAAUCAAAAGAAUGUGGUAAAGUGGGGAAAUGCACAAUCUGAUGAAUGUGUUCUGAAUAGUGGUGUAACGCAGGGAGGAUUAACUUCGCCGAGACUGUUUAAUCUUUAUGUCAAUAACCUCAUUGAAGAGCUGAGCAGCAUGAAUGUUGGAUGUCGCAUAGAUAAUGUAAGUAUUAACAACAUUAGCUAUGCGGAUGACAUGGUGCUGCUCAGCCCUUCGAUUGGAGGUUUAAGAAAACUUUUGAGCCAUUGUGAGGCUUAUGCUGUGCGGCACGGCUUAAGGUACAACGAGAAGAAGAGUGAGUUUUUGUUAUUCAAAGGCAAGAUUAAAGAGCCGGCCUAUGUACCUCCAAUCUUGUUGAAUGGAAUACCAUUGAGGCGUGUUGCACAGUUUAAGUAUCUAGGCCAUAUUGUGGCGGAGAGUAGAAAAGAUGAUGAGGAUAUGGAGAGGGAGCGCAGGGCACUGUCGGUUCGAGUUGCCAUGCAACAAGAUAUUCUGCAAGGGAAUCGCUGUGGUUGCGAAACGGGCUGGCGGCGCGGCGAAGGUGAAGGCAGGCUGCCAGUCGCUUGCAAGAGAGAGAGGCGGACGCACGACGCUUGCGCCAACUCCUACCACACACUCGACUCGAUAGCAACUCGCCGCGCGCGCACCUCACGCGCUAAGUGCAUUGGCUCCCGCCUGCAAUUACAAAUUAUAAAAAAAACAAGUGAUCAUGUGACAAGUGACAAAUAA